AACCAAGAGAAGAAAAAUAAAGAACUGAAAAUAGAAGUUGUAGAUCAAAAUUUCCAAAAAAUGUAGGUCAUUAGACUCAUAGCGCAUCUUAAAGUUUCAUCAGCAUCGAAACGAACAAGUUAUAAUGCAAUGUUAUCUCAGCGUGAUAACGCUGGGUUUAUCUUGGACGCUGCAUAUAUUUGAGAUGUGCAACCGAACUACGUUUGCAUUCAUCGUCACGUAGAGCUCAUGCAGUCUAGUGUCAGUCAUAGAGAGUUUUAGCUCGUUAUAAGAAAUCCGAUCUGGAGUAUGGCAUUCGAAUUUAGUGAGGCGGAAAAUCCCGUUUACAAGGAAACUUAUGCGGGAUUUAAGCAGCAAGACUGUAUCCUGGUCAAACUGAAGGAUUGUGGAAAAGUUCCAAUCACCAUUCCCAACUGGGAUCCGGAACCAUGCUACUUGAACUCCAGAUACCAAGCGUUGGCUCAACAAAUCAAGGAUUUUGAAGUCAGAUCGGAUGACAUUUGGCUGGUAACGUACCCCAAAAGUGGAACCACUUGGUGCCAGGAGAUGAUUUGGCUCAUUUGUCAUAAUCUGGAUUACGAGACGGCCACCUCGCAUAAGCUGGGUGAGCGGUGGUGUUAUUUGGAGUUCGGGAGCAAAACGGACGUACCGGAACCGUUCAAAACGAUCACUUCAGCGCCGUCACCAAGGUUCAUCAAGAGCCAUCUACCGGUUUCGCUGCUACCGGAUCAAAUAUGGACGGUGCGCCCGAAGCUAGUCUACGUUAGAAGAAAUCCCAAAUCGGUAGCGGUAUCCUACUUUCAUCAUACGGUGUCAAUGCAUGGCUACUCCGGAACGAAGGAACAAUUCGUGCGUGCCUUCAUGAAAGAUCAAGUGCUCAAUUCUCCGUAUCAUGAACACGUGAUUGAAUUCCACCACUUGGACUACCCGAACAACUUGCUGCAUCUUUGCUUCGAAGAUAUGAAGAAGGAUUUAAAAAGCACUCUGCACCGGGUCUGUGAAUUUUUCGGCAAAUCCUUCUCCGACGAGCAACUGAACAAGUUGGCCCACCAUUUGUCGUUUGAUUCGCUGAAGGACAACACAGCGGUAAACUUUGCCGGCUUUACGGAAAAGGUGCUACAGCAAUCGCACCGUACGGAAAAACUGGCCGAUCCCAACUACAAGUUUAUGAGACGUGGCGAGUCGGAUGGCUGGAAAAAAGAGUUGGACCAGGAGUUGGCUCACGAGCUCGAUGAGUGGACCAAUCGGAAGGCGGUGAACCCGGAGGAUAGGAAACUUUUUCCGUGAGGUUCGAAUAAGAAAAAAAA